GAAAAUCGAAUCGUGAUGAUGAUGACGCUGGACAAGCUGGACACGGGCAGCAAUGGUGGACUGUCGGUUUCGGGCACGGGACGUCACAGACGCCACGCAGAAAGCAGUACACCCGAACCGAUGGACGGUUACUACAUCGACAUACCGACGCCUUCAACACGCAGUGUCUCGCCAAUGUCGGCGUCCGUAUCGCCGGGCAAGGAGAAAUCGUUCAGCUUCUUCAAGAGUGUCUAUCGCAAGAUUAGUCUCAAGUCGAACGAUGACGAGCUGGAUCAGUUGGGUGUGCAGGGGGAUGAGGACUCGCGCAGUUCAUCCGUCGAUUCCUGCUCAUCGAUCAGUGAUCGUGAACGGGACCAGCCAACUGGCAAAGGGCACAAGGAACGGAAACUACAGCUACAGCUCUCGAAUCUAGUGCUGUCCAGUGCGUCCAGUGAUUCGGGUGUUAGUGGAGGUCCGAAACGUGGUGGUGAUGAAGGGGCCGACGAUGGAGGCGAUGAAGGUGGUCCGGGUAGUGUGGAAGGGGCGAAGGAAAAUCGGCGUAAGUCAAGACGAUCGUCGGUGUUACGAUUGCUCGAGAGUCUUGCCAUCAAUGCACCGAUACGCUCGCGAUCCCUAUCGUGCAGUAACAGCUCAGUGAACAAUUUGAUCCACAUGAAGGGCCGUGAGUCAAGGGCCGAGUCGAAGUGUUCACUGUUCAGCACCAACAGUGCCAACAAUGGAUCGUCUGGGAAUGGUGGUGAGCGGAUAAGCAAGGAGUCGAGUAAACCGCCACCGAAGAAGAUAUUGCGACGGCCUGUGUCUUAUACCUAUCUGCGAGGGAUAUCCGGUUUACCGACGCAGCGAGUACCACGAUCGUCCAUCUGCUGUAGCUACUAUGGACGUUAGAGGGAGUGG